ACAGUUCACAAUGCCGGAACCUAAAAUAGAUGUAGAGUUUUGUCUAAUAUUAAUAGACAAGCUAUCCAAACCAAAUCUUACAGAUGCAGAAACAACAUCAUUGCUCAAAGAGCUUAUUGACUGUGCAAGAAAUGAGGAACUGAAAGAGAUGUUAGUUCAAGGAGUGGAAAAUAUAUCAGAAAUAAGAGAGGAAUUUAAAGCUAAGGCGCUUGAAUUGAACGGGGAAGCUCCGACACCAGUCGUGGAUUCUACCGAUUAUGUUGCUCUGCUCAAGAAACUGAUUGAUCCUAAUAUUGGAGACAUGGAGAUGAAACCAACUUUAAAACUUUUAAUGGAAGGAAGCUUAAACGAGGAUCAGCGGCAUCAAGUUAAUAUUAUUCUAAAUUGCAAGGAUCCGAGACAACGAGAUGAUAUGAUGGACGAUUUUAAGAAAUCCUUCGUCAAGGUCAAAGCUAAGAAGAAGGUGACGGAGAAGGUGGUGAAGGAGGUGGAGGAUCAGAAUAAGGAGCAUCUCAAAGGGGAUUUCAGAAUCCUGAUAGACAGACUCUUAGAUUCUAAGUUGAAGAUUGGGAAGCGAACUGAGAUUUACCACCGGCUCAUGGAACCUGAUGUUGAAGCAGAUUAUAAAAACCUGGCAAUUAAACUAGUUGAUCCACAGAACAAAGAUCGGAGAAUUGAGAUAGUUGCCGCGUUUGAUGUCGAGAUGAAAGCACGCAAAGAACAGGAGGCGCUCCAGGCCGCGCGGAAGAGAGAGGAGCAGGAGCGCAUCAGAAAAGCGGAGAUAGAGAGAAAGCGUAAAGUGAAAGAACGAAUGCAGGAAGCAAGAGAGUUGAACAGAAUAAAAGAAGAAAGAAUGAAGAAGAGGGAUUUGAUGUUAAAGAUGAAAGCAGAACAACGUAGAAUGGGCCAAGAUAAGAUGCUGAUGACGAAUCAGGAGAAAGAAGAAAUUCGAAGAAGAGAACGGGAAAAGGUGAAAGCAGAAAUGCUUAAGUUCCGAAAAUCCCAGAAAGAGAAUGCGAAGAAGAAAGACGAAGAAAGAAAGAAGGAGAAAGAUGAACGGAAAUCAUAUUUUAUACUUCCCUGUAUUCCGAAACAAAACUUUGGAACGGUUAAACUUAAAAUCCCGAAUUUCCUGAUGAACAAUUCACUAAUUGGGACGGAUAAAGAGUGUUUAGAAAGAGCCCUUGAGAAAUUAGGCAUAAAACUUCCUCCACCUGGGGAUCAGAGAGAUGUACCUCUUGUUGCUGCUCUGCCAACGGAACAAAAGGAUGUUUCCUGCCCUGUUCCUCCACCGCCAGAGGAGGAAAUGCACGAAGAUUUUCAACUUUAUUUUGAGAAAUUCUCAAAUCCCGAUUUAACUGAAGUAGAGGAAAUAAAUAUUUUCAAGGAUCUAAUCAAAGCUCAAAGAUCAGGACUUGUCAGACAGUUAGUUAUUAAAAUGGCGCCUUUGGAAAAUUUGGGGAAAUCUAAAAUAUUUUCGACCCUUUGCAAUAAGUUUGUUGGGGAGAGAGUUUUUGAUAAGGUGCAGAUUGAAACUUGUAGUUCAGAACCAGAGGCUAAAACUUCGAAAUUGGAGGCCAAAACUUCAGAGGGUAAAGCAACCACAAGUACCAAAUCGGAGUAUGAAAAUACCGCAAGUGAACCAGAGUCUAAAACCUCUACAUCCGACAGUAAGAUUAAGACUUGUUUGAAAGAACCGGAGACUGUAUCCGCAGCAUCUAAUUCUGAAUCUACCAUGACAGAGGAUGAACAAAUAACAGAAACUGACAAAAAUUCCUCAACAUCUGGAUCAAUUUCUCAAACAGUAUUGGUUCAAGAUGAAGUUUCCUUAAAAUCAAAACCAGUUCAGAAAAGUUCAAGUCCAGAACCUGUAACAGCAGAAUAUUCUAUUUUGAAGUUUGAUGCAUCUAAAAGUACUAGGAAAGACUCUGAAACCCUUAUUCCUCAGAACACCAUUGUUGCAAUCUCUAAGUCAGAUUCUAACUCAAAAACUGAUCCUUCACUAAACAUUCAAGAUGGUAAUGUAACUAAUAAACCAACAUCUAGUCUCAUGAACGAGAAACACAAAGAAGAUAAGAAGUCUGAAAGCGACAAAGAAAAUGUUUCCGAUGAAACCGUACCGCUCAAAGAAUCCUCAGGAAAGGCAUUGAAAAACAAAAGAGGUAUCCAGCCAAAGCCGAAAAAGAAGCCAUGUAAAAAGCUGUUAAAACUUACCCCCGCCGAAAUUCGAGAAAGAUUCAAGUUGAAAAAAAUAGACGUUUACGUCAAGAUUAAGUCAAAUAAGAAUCUUUAUAAAGCGUUUCUAGCCCAAAAAGCCAGUGCCUCGCCUAUUGUAAGCAAGAUGAUUAUAAUUGAAAAUAAUAAAAGAGCCCCAAUUUCUAAAAACUCAAAUCCGAUUGUAGACACAAAGAAAUCCGCUAAAACAAAUGUACCAACAAAAAUUCGCAAAAGAAAGGGAGAAAUAUCAGCGGGUGAAGUGAAUAAAAAGAUAAAGUUAAAUCCUCUUUUUGAAUUGAACAUUGAAAAUUUAGGUGCCACAAUUAACUCUUCUGCUGGCUGUGGUAAAAUGCAAGAAGAUCUGGAAAUAUCUGAAACUGUUGCUGAAAUUAAAACUGGUUUGAAAGAAAGCACUUCUAGUCCAAGUGUUAUUUGUAGAUCAAGGUCAAGAUCAAAAUCAAAAUCGGUAUCAAGAUCUACUUUGAGAUCAAGAUCAAAAUCAAUAUCAAGGUCAAGGUCAAGGUCAAGAUCAAGGUCAAGAUCAAUUACGAGGUCAAGAUCAGUUUCAAGAUCUGUAUCACGAUCAAUUUCAAGUUCAAGAUCAAAAUCAGGUUCAGGAUCAAGAUCCAAGUCCAGAUCCAAGUCCAGAUCCAAGUCCAGAUCCAAGUCCAGGUCCAAGUCCAGAUACAAGUCCAGUUUCAGAUCCAAGUCCAGAUCCAAGUCCAGUUCCAAGUCCAGAUCCAAGUCCAGAUCCAAGUCCAGGUCCAAGUCCAGAUACAAGUCCAGUUUCAGAUCCAAGUCCAGAUCCAAGUCCAGAUCCAAGUCCAGAUCCAAGUCCAGAUCCAAGUCCAGAUCCAAGUCCAGAUCCAACCCCAGAUCCAAGUCCAGAUCCAAGUCCAGAUCCAAGUCCAGAUCCCGGUCAAGAUCCCGGUCAAGGUCGAGGUCAAGAUCCCGGUCAAGAUCCAGGUCAUGAUCCAGGUCAAGAUCAAA